GGGCUGCAUCUCAAUACUACAGUUGAAAGGUCGUGGCUUGACAGGGAUGGAUGCCACAUGUGUGUGUUGAUGUCGGUGUGUUGUUAUGCUGUAAUGUGGACACACUGUGUGGGCUCUUGUUAUUGGUUUUGAGCGGCAAUACGGCAUUGGAAGACGUGCCAUCGACGUGUCUUGCCCUGAAUGCAAAAUGCGGAAUCUCAAGCUAUUAAAGAGCCUGUGCAAUGCCGAGUUGUCCCACAGCGCCGGUAGCCCUCUGUGUGUUGCUGUGCGCUCUGACACCGACUCAUUACUCCUGGCUUCCGAGUUCUCCAUCAUUGAAUUCGACCCAAGAACUGGUCAGGUGGUGAACGAUGUCUCGCUGACAGAGAAGGGUUACAUGCCCGACGAUGGCAGUGGGAAGCUGGUUGGGAUACAGGAGCUGGCCGAACUGGAGUCUGUGUGUGUUGCCACGGCCACCGGUGAUGUCAUCCUCUACAACCUGACUACCAAUGAGGUAGAAUGUGUUGGCAGUGUUGAGAGCGGCCUUACCGCCAUGAGCUGGAGUCCGGAUGAGGAACUGGUAGCACUCACCACUGGCCAGCAGACCGUUAUCAUGAUGACCAAGGAGUUUGAGCCAAUCACAGAGGUGGGCAUCCACCAGGAUGACUUUGGUGAAGGAAAGUUCAUCACUGUUGGAUGGGGGAAGAAGGAGACCCAGUUCCACGGCUCUGAAGGGAAGCAGGCAGCCCAGAAGAAAACGCUGGAGGUGCAGCCGGCCAUGGCCUGGGAUGACCGCCGGCCCCGGGUGUCGUGGCGGGGGGACGGCCAGCUGUUUGCCGUCAGCGCUGUGUGUCCCCAGACGGGGGCCCGGCGUGUCCGGGUGUGGAGCCGAGAGGGGGUUCUGCAGGCCACCAGCGAGAGCCUCAACGGGCUGGAGCAGGCCCUCUGCUGGAGACCCUCGGGGAGCCUGAUCGCGUGCACCCAGCGCCACCCCAACAAGCACAGCGUGGUCUUCAUGGAGAAGAACGGCCUGCUUCACGGCGACUUCACCCUACCCUGCAGCAGAGACCAGGCCAAGGUGAAGGAGCUGCUGUGGAACAGCGACUCCACGGUCCUUCUGGUGUGGUUGGAGGACGUGCACUCUGGGGCAGACGGACACAUCAGUACCGAGCUGCAGCUGUGGGCGGUGGGGAACUACCACUGGUACCUGAAGCAGAGCCUGGCCUUCGGCCGGGACCCCCAGCGGGCGCCGGCCUGCGUGCACUGGGACCCCCAGCGCCCCCUGAGGCUCCACGUGGUGACGCGCGGCUGGGCCAGCCUGACGUACGACUGGGGCUGGGCCACGGACCGCAGCACCGGCCUGGACGCCAGCGACAACGCCAACGUGGCCGUGAUCGACGGAGACAAGAUCCUGGUGACCACCUUCCGCCAGGGGGUGGUGCCUCCGCCCAUGUGCUCCUACGAGCUCCAGCUGACCUCUCCGGUCAACCUGGUCACCUUUCUGUGCCAGACCCAGAAGAGCAAUCACCUGGCAGCCAUGACGGCAGACGGGCAGAUAUCAGUCUUCGGCCCCGACUCUGGGAAACCGUCUACCGAGCGACCGGGGGGGUUCAGAGUGGUGUCCCUGCCCCUGGUUCUACGCAACACCUACAGCGUGCCGGGGCUCCCAGUGGCCCCUCUGGCCAUCAGACAGCUCCUCUGGCUGAAGGAGGACCUGCUCCUGGGCCUGGGCACUGGGAUGCUGCCUUCGUCCUCUACCCUCCUCUUCCUCAGCCCUGCCCCUCACCCGGAGGCCCCAAACGCCCUCAGCAACAGGCUGGAGGUGGCGGUGGACGGGGUUGUGACGGGCAUGGCGUACAGCUUCCAGAGCAGGACGGUGGCCCUGCAGCUCGAGGACGGCCAGACACGGAGGCUGAUCUGGGAUUCAGAAUGUCCGUCGGUGGAGGACUGGACGGACUUCAGCGGCUGUCCGAUGAACUUCCCGGUCCCGUGUGUGCAGAUGGCUCUCUGCACCGUCAGUGAAGAGGAGAUCCUGCUGGGCCUGACGGACCGAAGCCACCUCUACGCUGGAGAUACCCAGCUGGCCUCCAAUGUCUCCUCCUUUGUGGUCUACGAAGACUUCCUCCUCGUGACCACGCACGCGCACACCUGCCGCUGCCUCCACCUGGGCACGCUGACCGUCAAAGGGCUGCAAGAGGCUCUUGGGUCAGACGGAGGUCAGAACGAUGAGACUCUGCGGCGGGUGGAGAGGGGGUCCAAGAUCGUGACGGUGGUGACCCAAGACUCCAGGCUGAUCCUGCAGAUGCCUCGGGGGAACCUGGAGACGGUCCACCACCGGGCUCUGGUGUUGGCCCAGCUCAGGAAGCAGCUGGACUGCCUCAAGUUCCGUGAUGCGUUCGAGUGCAUGAGGAAGCUGAGGAUCAACCUCAACUUCAUGUACGACCACAACCCCAAGGUGUUCCUGGAGAACGUGGAAUCCUUCAUCACUCAGUUAAACUCCAUUAACCACAUCAACCUCUUCCUCACGGAGCUCCGAGAGGAAGACACCACUGGAACCAUGUACCCCAGACCUCUGAACGUCCCAGGGCCGUCUCCCAUGACCAGAGCCAAGAAGUUGGAUGUCGUGUGUGAUGCGUUUCGCCACACGAUGGAAUCAAUGGAUCCGGACAAAUACUGCCUUUCCAUCCUGACCAGCCAUGUGAAGAAGACAGUCCCUGAGUUGGAGAUCGCUCUGCAGAAGGUUCACGACCUGAGAGCAAAGCCCCCUGGAGCUGCAGGUGUGGUAGGGGCUGAAGAGGCCCUGAAGUACCUACUCUUCCUGGUCAACGUCAACGACCUGUACGACCAAUCGCUGGGCACUUACGACUUCGACCUGGUCCUCAUGGUGGCCGAAAAGUCCCAGAAGGACCCCAAAGAGUACCUUCCCUUCCUGAACAAGCUGAAGACCCUGGAGCCAAACUACCAGCGCUACUCCAUCGACAAGCACCUGAAGAGAUACAGCAAGGCCCUGCUGCACCUCAGCAAGUGUGGAGAGGAGCAUUUCCCUGAAGCUCUGGGUCUGGUGAGGGAGCAGAAGCUCUUCAGUGAAGCCCUGGAGCUGUACCCGGCACACAGCCCUCACUACAAGGCGCUGAGCUGUGCCUACGCCGAGCACCUCGUCGCCCAACAGCAGCCGGAGCAGGCGGGCCUGUUGCUAUGGCGCUGUGGCGAGCCGGGCCGCGCGCUGCAGGCCUUCGUCAGCGCUAGCAGCUGGAGGCACGCGCUGUGUGUGGCGCAGCAGGUGCCCCUCCCCCCCGAUCAGCUGUCUCUGCUGGCCAGAGACAUGGCAGAGAGGCUGAUCGACCAGCGGAGGUACGCUGAGGCCGCGCUGCUCCUCGACCAGUACGCUAAGGACUGCGAGGAGGCCAUCUCAGCCCUGAUCAAAGGAGCCGUCUGGGAAGAGGCCCUCCGAUUGGCUUACAGGCACAACCGACAAGACAUCAUCGAGACCGACCUCAAACCUGCGCUGCUAGAAGCCUUCGCUUCCCAUACGUCCUUCCUGGAGAACAACACAGCCCUGUUUGGUCGCCAUAGGAACCGCCUGUCCGUGGUCCUGGAGCUGAAGGAGAAGGCCAGGCUGGACAUGCUCGACGAGGACGGACCAGACUGUCCCGAUGCUGAACUCUACUCGGAGGCCAGCAGUGUGAUGAGCAACUCCAAACACUCCAGCAGUAUCUCCAGGAUCUCCUCGAGGUCCUCUAAGAACCGGCGGAAGGCAGAGCGUAAGAAGUGGAGUCUGAAGGAGGGCAGCCCCUUAGAGGACGUCGCGCUGCUACAUGCCCUGGCCGACAUCAUCAGCACCGUGGACAAGAUACGAGAGGAGCUCCACAGCCUCCUGAAGGCCCUGGUUCUGUUCCAGUACGACCGACAGGCCCAGAAGCUGCAGCUGGCCUACGAGGAGGCCCUGCUGAUGAUGGAGGCGGCGAUCCCCGAGGUGUGGUCGGACGGCGGCCUGCCGAGCCAAACCCCGGUCACUGGUCCCGACUCCACAGCCAAUAGCAUCACGGCUUCCUUACAGAACCAAGCCAGGCCCACCAGCCUUCCACUUCCAGACGCUGAGAUGCCCACAGUGCCGAAGAUGAGAAGCGGUGUCAAAUGGAAACUUACGAUUCUUAAGUAGUUUUUUUUUUUUUUUUUUUUU